GCCAGCGUGGAUGCCAGAGAUGUCACGACGAAGGGCUGCCCUUGAGAGCGCUUGCCCCUCGAUGCUGGCGACACAAAGCCAGAGAUGCCAUCGUAGAGAGCAAAGUUCGCCCCUGACCUGAAAGCUGCUCAACGUGGUAUACACGCGGUGCUUGGAUACCAUGGCGAUCAGAUUGCGGGACCUGACCUCGCCUCAGCGACAGGACGGUGAGAUUUACACUCCGGUCUUGCCACGUUCAAUGCGCGACGAUGAUGCUGUACAAAGCGGAAGGAGGAGGAGAGGGAAGUUCAUGUUGUGCAGGAUCCUCGGUGCAUAUGUCGUCUUUUUCCUCUUGUUGCUUUCGACAUGGCGGCACUGGCACGAAGUCAUACCGUAUCAUUCUUCUAAAGAGAUCGGGUGGCAAGAAUUCCAAUCGAUACGCAGCUCUUCCCUCGCGGCCGCUGACGGUGGUAAUGUUGCAACAGCCUCAUUCAAUCAAGACUCCACUCAAUUCGGCCCUUCCUUUCCGCUGGACAAAUACACCCCGCUCUUGCCGAAUGCAGUGCCGCUAACCGAGCUGACGAUCGAGGUGUGCUGGCCGAUGUUGCCCUGCAAGCCGCCAUCCACGGCAAGCGAAGACGUGGGACUCGGCAAGUGGGUUCUUGUCAAGCGAGCCCUCAAUGGCCGCGAGGCCAUGGCGCUCGGUACGGUCAAUAGCGCAGAGAAAAGCAACACUGCGCCGCUCAGUGGUGGUUUCUUCCAAGCCGGUGUCGGCGCCGGCGCGCUGUGGAAGCUCAACAGCCUGUUCGGGAAGCGCUGGCUCUUCUACCGUCGUCCGCGCAUCGCCGACAUUGGCUCGCGUAUCGUCGACGUCCGCAUUGUCGAGAAGGGUCAGACACCCCCAGAACGCAAAGAAGGUUGGCACCGUGUAAAGCACGAUAUUAGAUCCCCCUUUAUGCAGCUCUUCGCUAAAGGGAGCUCCGCGCAUCUUUACUAUCGCACUGGUGGCUCGCUCGCUGCUCUCCAGGCUUCGCGGAAUCAGACGCUAGGGUUGAGGCAAUGGAAAGAUGCAAACCUCGAGCCCAUAACCGAGAUUGACGUGAUCUACGGCCCGAACGAACCUCUGCCAGGCUUUACACGAGCGGGGGAAAUCAUGCCAAAUAACGAAGCGACCAAGUCUCCAGGGGCUCUGCUCGCAGUACGACGCAAGCCGGUGUCUCCGCCCGAGCUGCCUCCAUAUCCGUUGUUCAAGAAGGACGGCACGUUCAAGAUCUUGCAGCUGGCAGACCUUCACUACAGCGUCCAGCACGAGCCCUGCCGCAAUGUAGACGAGCAUCUCGACUGGAAAUACUCGUCCGGCAAGUGCCUUGGUGACUUCGAGACGAUGGCGCGCGUCGGCGCAUGGCUCGACGCGGAGAAGCCGGACCUGGUCGUGCUCUCUGGCGAUCAGCUUAACGGACAAGGCACCAGCUGGGACGAGCGUAGCGUCAUCAUGAAGAUCAUCCAGCCGAUGAUUGACCGCAAGAUCAUGUGGGCCUCCAUCAUGGGUAACCAUGACUCUGAGUCCGGCUUCCUCUCACGCAGGCAGUUCCAAUCGAUGCUGCGCCAGAUGCCGUACAGCAAGACCAUCGCUGGGCCUGAGGACAUUCAUGGUAGCUCUAACUUUUACCUUCACCUCCACGCGCCGACGCCAGACAAGACCCGCCUUGCAACGCUCUACUUUAUGGACACAGGUGCUAAAGUGCUAAAGAAGGCGACGAUACUGCCGGACAUCAUGACCGGAGGGUCCAAGUCGAAGGAAGGCGACGGCGUUAGUGUUUACGACUAUAUACAGCAGUCGCAAAUCCUGUGGUUCCAGGAGCUGAGCAGAAAGGCGAAGAAGAUCAUCCGUCCGUACGAGCCAGACAGAGGAAAGGACAUUGACAGGCUAUGGAGCCGCAGUGAUAUCAUGAACAGUUUCGAGAGUCGCCUCAGGCGAGCGACAUCCGAACCAGCGCAGACAAUGCGCAAGCCGACUGGAAUCGUCUUCCAGCAUAUACCCUUACCCGAGGCGUUCAACGGGACCGUCGACAAGGACCCGCAUACAGGUCAUAAGUUCAUAAUCGGCGAGCGACACGAAAAAAUUGACAUCGAGAGCGGACAGGCGCGCUCCGGCUUCUUCGAUGCCGUGCUCAAUGCAGCGUCAGCAACAUCAACAUUAACGGCAAGCUCGGAGCGCGACGUCGAGCUGAUCGUGCACGGGCACAUGCACAAUAACGAAGACUGUAGACGUGUUCAGGGCGUCUGGAUCUGCUUUGGGGGCGGCAGCUCCUUUGCCGGCUACGGCCGCGCGGACCUGAAGCGGCGCGCGCGCGUCAUCCAGCUUGACAAGUGGGGCGAGCGCAUCAGCACCUGGCAUCGGUAUGAUGAUGGGUCCAAGAGUAAGGUGCAUACGCUGUACGAUAUGAAACUUUAAUACGAAGUUGCACGAUCACAC